CUGUCGUAUCCAACGAGAAUGGAUUUUCAACGAGCUCGAGAGAAAAGCGAACAGCGGCAGACAUCAUUUCUCUCUCAGCGUCUUUGGAUUAAACACACGAAGACACAGAGACAAGAAAAAAAAUCAAACAGGACUAUUAUUAUUAUCUAAAUAAAUUAACAAAAUUAGCCAUGGCCGACACAGCUGUUGACACAACCGCCACCACAGAGGUUACAGCCAAGGAGCUGAAAGAGAAGAAAGAAGUAGAAGCGGAGGAGGAAAAGGCCGACACCGGGGACGCACCUGCCAAUGGCACAAAUGGAGCUGAGCAUAGUGACAAAAAGGAAGAAACCACAGAGGAGGAGCAGAAAAAUGGAGAGGGAAAGGCAGAGGAGGCGCCCCCUGCUGAGGAGACCGAUGCACAGCCGGUGAAGCGUGCAGCUGAAGAAGAGGAGGAAAAGGCAGAGACAAAAAAGCAAAAGAAGGAGGAAAAUGGAGACUCAAAAGAAGCAGAAGUGAAGGCUUAGGUCUUUGCCCUGCUACCUGUUUGCAGCACUGUUUCACCAGCCUGGUCAACAUCGUGUUGUAGAGUUUGUGCUUUUGUAUCUUUUGAAAGAGAUUUCUUUUUGGUUGCUCCCAUGUUAUCACAUUGCACUGGAGUCUUAAAACAUAGUGGCCCCGCAUCCUUUUUUCUUUUUUAAAGAAAUGUUAUUUAUUGGUCUUUAAAGUGAGCUUGUUUUCUACUUUUACAAAUUGGGCCACGCCAUGAGAUCAGUUUUUCAUUUCCUGACAUUUCACAUCAGUAUGUUUGAAGCACAGUCUCUAUUAUGUCAGUGCUGACCAGAUGAUCCAUACAUACAGGCAGCUGCUCACCUCCAAGGCUCAUGUUGACCUCUCAAAUACACUUAAAGGACCAAAGAUAAGUUUUAAGCAGGGGAUAAUGGACAGUUGUUGUUAUUAGUUGAGGCGUCAUAUUUUGUGUUGAGCUGCUACUUAAUCCCUGACUGCCCUGUUAACAUAACAGAUGGUGCAAAUGAAUAAAGGGGCUCUCCUUCACCUCCACGAAUUGCUAGUGUGACCCUUUUCAGUGGAGGCAGGAUUUUGCAAUGUUAAUUAACCCCUCUUAAAUCUUAAAGCUUUGGUCAUUUGUUCUGUAUGCAUUCCACGCAAGUUUGUACCAUUUAUACUUUGUUUUUCUUGCAUUUUCAAUGAGUUUUAUGUUACGGUUGGGUAGCCCAGUUCUGUGUACAAGACUUGCCUUUUUCAGAACCAGAAUGGCAUUCGGUUACUUCAACUACUGCUUUGUAUAUUCUGAUUAACAAAUAAAUUUUGUCUUUUUACUUAACUAUGUCUGUCUCUGUUUAUCUGUUAGUAUGCCAUCUGCCUUUUAUAAAAACCAUGGUUUUAUAAGUGGAUGAUGUCACUUGACCCAAUUUUUUUCUUAACAUGGAAAAUGGCUGGCUUAGAUGCAGGAAGGAGCAUGGAUAAUUU